AUGGCACACUUCAGCGGAGUUUGGGAGUUCCUGAAGGAGCGCUCCAAAAAGAAAGAGUGGCAAGCACGCUGGGAACUCCUGUCCAUAGGACUAGGAGGCCUAUUGUUUCACACUGACCUCACCGCCCAACCUUCAGAGUGUGUCUCGGCUAGUGAUGCUUCGAUGGCCGGAGGAGCAGUCGGAAUUGCAGAGGAGGUGACGUGGCUGGGAAGAGACUUCGUCUACUUUGACAGCCACGAGGAGAACCAAGGAAAGAAGGUGCCGGUGCUGCUGAUAUCGCUGUUUGAUGGAAUCGGAGGAGCGAGAAGGUCGUAUGACCUGGCAGGAGUGAGGCCGGCGUUGAGCGUCAGCGUUGAGGUACAUCGCCCCGCUAGGCGAGUGGUGGGGCGACGAUGGCCCGACAGCCUGGAGUUCGAUGACGUCCGAGCAGUCGAUCGAAAGAUCAUUGAGGAGUGGAUAGCAAAGGCUGGAGACAUCGUGGCUAUACAUGUGUGGGGUGGCUUUCCCUGCAAGGACUUGAGUGGAGCCAAGGCUCAACUUCUGAACCUAGCCGGAUCCCACAGCUCACUUUUCUACGAGCUUCAGCGCGUCUGGCACGAGGUCCAGGAGGUUUUCUUGCCUUUUCUUCGAAAGAAGUUGUCUUACAGCUGGCACCUCUUCGGCCUGUGGAGAAAGAGUGAGAAGUGCUGGCAGGCGACGCCACUCAGCCUGGAGCUUCUCUGGGCAAUGGUGGCUCGAUGCUUGGAGAUCCGAGACAUCACAAUGAGUUUUCUACUGGCCAUAGAUAGCACGACCUACUUCGCUGAAGAACGGCCAAGAAAGGAGAUCCCCUCAUGGCAAGCCUCGGUGCGGCUCUGCACGAAGGAAGGAUGGUCGGCCUUACACUUGGCGGCUGCCCAAGGCGCUGCCGAAGUGUGCUUGCAGUUGUUGGAGUGCCCCUUCUUCACUCAAAUCUCUGAGCCCGACUAUGAGGGCGCAACAGCACUUCAUCGAGCAGCCCAGGCUGGCCAAGGCGAAGCGUGCUUCGUGCUGUUGGAACAUCCCAACUUCACCAUGGUGAACAGCCAGGAUUUCCAGCAACGCACAGCGUUGCACUUGGCAGCUGAACAUGGCCAAGUAAAGGCUGCAGAGGUCUUGUUGAAGCACGCUCGCUUCACCUCCGCUGGGAAGUGCCAGCGGGAUGGGAUGACAGCGCUUCAUGUGGCGGCCAAUGGAGGCCACGUGGAGCUUUGCCAAGUCUUGCUGCGAUUCCCAGUCUUUGCUUCGGAGCUUCAGUGGCCCGACCACUUCGGGCGCACGGUCCUCGGCGUCGGGACGGAAGAAACACCGGAGGACUGGCUCUCCGCCGCGGAGGUCGCUGAGCGGCAACGCCGCUUGCGGCUGCAGAUGGCGGAGGCGGCGCUGGGCGCGCGCUUGGUGCUGCCGCAGACGGUGACGCAGGAGCAUGCAGGCAAGCUGCUGCAGAAGGCCACCAGGCUGGCGGCGUGGACUGGUGCAGAACCGGAGCUGAAGGAGGAAGCACCAAGCCAAAAGAAGGUCGUUUUGCCUUCAGGUCCCCGGAAUCGGGCGGGCAGCCCCGUCAGACGGCGGGAGCUGGCGAAGGCGGCAGCCAAGGAGGCCACGCGGGCUGCGGAGGCCUCUCAGUUCUUGGCAUCCCUGGAGGCUCUAAGGCCUUUGGGCCGGCAACUGGAAUCCUUGCGCGAGGCUGGCACAGCCCCCACCACCACAGCGCAGCCAGUGCAGCCUCCGCAGCCUGCGCAGCCUGCGAAUGCGGGGUCGAAGGAGCGGACUGCGACGGACAUUCCGGCAGAGCUUCCGGCAAGAACUGCAGAGGAAAAGGAGGUGGUCAAAGAUGCGAAAGAGCUGAAGGAAGCGCCGGAAGUGAUUCCGGACGAGAAGGAGCCUUCAAGAAGGCAGCUUUCUGAGCCAAAGGUGGUGACGAAGCAAGAGGAUCUUGAGCUUGAAGCAAGAGGAUCUGUCCAGGAAGUGGAGCUGGUUCAAUCAGAGCCUCCAAGACGGAGGCCUGAUCCAGAGCCACAUUUGGACCUUGUAGACCCUGCCAAAGAAGCGGAGGAGCUAGUUCAAUCAGAGCCUCCAAGACGGCCUUCAGAUGCGAAGCCAUCCAGAUCAAGCACUGUUGCCGAUGGUGAGGAAGCACCGCCAGAGAAGAUGCUUACGUCCCCGCCGCCCGCGCCCUCCGAGCCCCGGCAAGAGAUGGGAGAGACGAAGGCGGACGAGACACUGAGCAAGGCCAAGGCGCGCGCAGAGAGGCGGAGACACCGGCCCGCGGGCAACGCCUUCAAUGGAACCCUCAAAGUGCAGCCUCGCAAUGCGGCCGAAGAAAAGCUGGAAAAGGAGGAGGCCGACACCACGGCCCCACCUGCCGCGGCCGAGAACGCGCCGAAGCGGAAGGCCAAAGCCAAGGCACCUUCGAAACCCGUGAAGAGCACGAUGAUUGGCGUCGGCGCGGCGCAGUUCCGCGUGUGA